AUACAGAAUACGGAUUACUGACAUCUAACUUACGAACAUUCAGACUAGUAUAUCAGUUUUCUAUAGUAUUGUGUUUAAUUACUCAUUAAUCAGUACUACGGACCAGUGGCCAGUGGCUUAGCGUAAUACGUUCACAGAACACUGAAAGUACCUAUUUUUAAUUUUUAAACCUUCCUAGAGUCCACUUAGCCCCCCUCCCAUUUUUCCACGACUACGCUACUGUUAUUCUGAACUAUAGUCUACAAUACUACAUAUUAUUUAGUUAGUGGAGUGUAUAACAAUUACAAACUAGGACUUUGAACUUGUUGAAUGCCAGUGUACCGGUGUCUUUUCGAUCUAACAGGGUGCGUGAUACAGGUGCAGUUGUGAGCAAGAUUAUAAGUUCUUUAUAUUUGUGAAUCGCGGUUGUGACUCAUUGUAAAGAAGCAAUAGUGAUGUCAUUGUACGAUAGUAGUGAUCAGCAAUAGAUCGUUAAAAGUCCGCGAAGCCGUCGUUGGACGGUGUAAGAAAAGACGAAAACGGUCUCAAUCGACAUCGUCACUCGUCACACCGCUCGGAAAUAUCGCAGUUCCGUCGCGUCACUCGCGCGUUUCGGAUCGCCUGUGUCCCGUAUGCGGUCUGUUCUGUUGGUAGACGAUUAACGUACAGCAGUCAACACUCGGCAGACAGUACUGGAACGAAUUUCCACUCUCGGACAGUCUUGUACGGCCGUAAAUGUCCACCAUCGCCGUCCGAGACGGUUACGAUUCGUUGCGCUGCAUCCAGUGACGUAGCUGCUGUUACUUCCUAUCUACAGAAAACGUUAACUGAGGUUUCACACGACUAGAAGAUGUCACAUUGUAGUGUCUACGUUGUGGCCGCCCUGCUCGUAGUAGCGCUCAGUACUGCUCCUGUGUGCUCAGAACUUAUCGGCCUAUACGAAGACACUGAUCUCAUGGAAAUAUUGGAUAACACCAAUUUUAAUGAAAAAGUAUUGCAAGGAAAUACAUCUUACGUGAUUGAGUUUUACAAUGCCUUUUGUGGUCAUUGUAUACGGUUCUCGACCCCUUGGAAAGGAUUUGGAAUUCAAGUCUACGGGUGGAGAAAUUAUGUAAAAGUUGGUGUAAUUGACUGUUCAAAUGAAUUAAACAGUCAAAUAUGCCGAGAUUAUGAAAUCAUGGCCUAUCCUACCAUACGCUACUUUUAUCCUCAGCCAGCAUCAAAUGAUAUUGGGAAAGAUUUUAUUAGAUCUUUUAAUAUACAAGUUAUGAAGGAUUCCCUUAUUAAAAUGCUUCAAGAAACUCAAAAAAACAUGAGUAUAUCAACUUUGUGCGACAUACAACCUUAUGAAAAGGUCAAUGUAGAAUUGGAUACAAAUAACUUCUUAACGUUUAUUAUAAUUGAUAAAUCAAAUAAUAGGCUUGCUCAAGAGCUUGUUAUUGAUUUCUGUCCAGUUGAAAAAGUUAAGAUAAUAAGCGCAUUAAACUCUAACACAGAAUUGGUUGACCUAUUAAAAACAGAAAUAUAUCCAAGUCUUUAUCUUGUUGAAAACAAUAACCAAUUCAAACUUUUAGCAAGUGGAAAUAACAAAACAAAUUUUACCAAUACCAUUAAUAAAUAUUUGGAAACAGUUUACAUGACUCCAUUCAAUAUAAUUGAUAUUACUACGGCGCUCAAUAAUUUAUUAUUUCAAAAAGAAAAAAGUUCGAUACACCAUGAUAACACAGUUUAUUUGUCAGAUUUAGAAGCUACUUUGAGAUAUUCUCUAGAACAUGAAAUCCUAUCACGAAGCGUUAUCUCUGGUGAGUCAUUAAAUGCAUUAAACAGUUACUUAGAACUUCUUAUUGAAUUUUUCCCUUCUAACAUUAGAAGUAAAAAAUUCAUUAAGUUAAUAUGGGAUAAUACACAUCUCAAUAAAACAGUGUCAGGAGAUAAACUUGGAAAAUUUAUUAACAGCUAUGAAUAUUUGUUAAAACCUUAUGUUACUAAUCAUAUUUGGAUUGGAUGUGAAGGUAGCCAACCAAUGUAUAGAAAAUAUCCAUGUGGUUUAUGGACUAUGUUUCAUACACUUACAGUACAUGCAUCAAAUAAAAACUUGACUACAUUUAAUGGAAAACAAGUUUUGGAAACUAUUGCUGGUUAUAUAAAACAUUUUUUCGGUUGUACAGACUGUUCUGAACAUUUCAUGAGUAUGGCUACCACAAUUCAAACCAAUGUUUCUUCAUUUGAUGAUGCAGUGUUAUGGCUUUGGUCGGCUCACAACCAAGUGAACCGAAGACUUAAGGGUGAUGUUACUGAAGAUCCAGUGCAUCCAAAAAUAGUAUUUCCCUUGAAAGUACAUUGCGAAACAUGUUAUCAAAAUGGUACUGAUGAAUGGAAUAAAACUGAAGUGCUGAAAUAUUUAAAAAAUAUGUAUUCAACCAUCAGUGUUCGUAAGAUACCAUUUAAUAAUAUUCAUUCUCAACCUUUAAAUUUAAUAAACUCAAGUAAGAGAUCUAUUGAUGAUGAUAUUAAUUAUAAUAACAAUAUAUUUGAUGAAAAAGAAUGGAUGUUUGAUAUUAACACUUGUAUGGUAUCAUAUAUUUUGUCAUGUAUUGUAUUAAUAACCUUAUUUUAUUUACUGGUAAAGAAGCGUUGUAAAAAAAAUAAAUAUAUUUAUUUUAUACUGGGUAAAUAGUUUGAUUGUUAUUAUGACUUAAAUGUGUUUUUUUAUUAUUAUUAAAUUAAAUUUGAAUUUUUAUUAUAACUAAAUAUAGUUUAAUUUUUUUAUUAAGAUAUUAUAUAUUUUAUACGAUUCAUUUACAAAUUUAAAAAUAAUCUAAGUAUAAGACUGUGUUACAAAAUUAAUGCAAAUUCCAAAUAAAUAUAUAAAAUUAUUAAUGUA